AUGGAUGAUCUGCUCCUGCCACAGGAGCUACAGGCUGAACUUGCUGUGUUGGAAAAGAAGCCCACCCGCUUGGCCUCCAUUUCGACAUUGUCGUUGGACUCCCAAGAGGUCGAUGAGCCAGCGGCGCCUCCUCCGCCCGUCCCAGCCGCGGAAGCCACGGUCCCACCACCUGAGCAGUCGGCAAGCAUGCCGGCAUCCAAGAGUGAAGAAGAAGAAGAAGAUCAGGAGGAGCAAGAGGAAGAGGCGAGUGGCGAGGAGAAGGCACACCAUGAGAUGCUGAAGAAUGCCGCGAAACAGCGCAUUCGGAGAAUGGUCAAACCGAAGACACAACGUAGUGACCUAGCAGUACCGAAGUGGGUGGCUGAGCAGUGGAACAAGGGAACUUCCCAGAAGGAGGCUAUGGCCGCACUCCUUCAGGAAGUGAACUGGGACAAGGAUGAGGGAUGGUAUUCACAGAGUGAAAUGAAAUCAGACUUGAAAUGGUCUACGUCGCAAAGGAUCACUGCGGCAGUGGCCCACUGCGAGCGCAAGCCAUCCGUCUUCAUAAGGAGGAACCUGUAUGACGGGGUCCUGGAGUACUGGGUCACGGUCCGAGAAACGGGCCGGCACGUGGAGAGCCUCAAGGAGGCUGAGAAACCCAUGGAAUUGCCCGACGAUGCUUUCGCUGGCUUCGACAACAUGACCAAGCGGCUUCUCCCGGAGGCGGCAGGACCUGGGAGUGGCGACGACAAGAGGCGUGUGCAGACCUUGGACGAUGGCAUCACGAAGUUGGAGGUGGAGCAUGACAAGCUCAACUUGCACUUCGCAGAGGCUGAGAUUAGUGGCUUCAACCAAGAGAAUGCCAAGAAGUACAUGGACAAGGAUGGCAAGGACGGUGCUGAUGCCCCGGUGGCCUCCGCGAUUCGAGCUGCCCGUGCGGUGCUUGAAGAAGUGCCAGAAGCUAUGGGCUCCAGCAUCAGGAUUAUGGCUGGGUGUGGUGAAAAAAACAGUGAGCGUGAUGCACACAGAGUGGCCAGACGGUGCCGGCUGACACUGCCCAUCAUGAUUACUGAGGUCAUGAUUCAUGGUUGGCAGGUCCCCUUGAUUCUGCUGAGUGCAUGGCUCACGUUUUUGCUUGGUCGCAACCUGCUUCACACCUUGUCGGGCCUCCCCCGCCCUGACCUCGCAAGAAGUCACGCCACCUGGAAAUGUUUCUGGUCACGGUAUCAGAAGCUAUACCCGAAUCACGAUGUAUUCCGCAGGGCAGCAAGAGGAGAGCUUGAUUUGUCACGAACCGUUGGCUUGGUUCUACACGGCGACGAAGGGAGGACCAAGAAAAAGUCUGCAAUCCUGGUUCUUUCAUGUCACUCGAUACUAGGCUACGGUAGCCAUGCCACGGAUCCCCAACCCGAACCUUAUUGCAAGCAGUACCUGAACAUGACCGGCCACACUUUAUCUACCCGCUGGGUUUUGGGAUGCCUUCCGAAGACUUACUACGACGGUGAAGAUGGUGAUAAUUUUUUCCAGGAGUAUCUCAACGUGUUCGUAGAGGACAUGCUUCGAGUUUACGAGAAAGGCAUCAAGGCAGCGACAGGCGAAGUAUAUCAUUUCGUGGUAUUGAACGUCAUAGGAGAUUGGCCUUGGUUCGUCAAGGCUUUCAACCUGAUCAGAAAUUUUGCGAACUGCUCCAAACAGGAGACUUCAAGGGCCCCCUCCAAGGGCAUUUGCCAUGUGUGCAAAGCUGAUAUGACGAAUUAUCCGUUCGAAGACUUUACUUCUGCCUCCCCGGCCUGGCGUGCGACAAUCAACGAAGAACGAGGGUAUUCGGGUUCGCCGAGCUUAUUGCGGCUGCCCAAAGAUCCUACAGAUGAAAGCGCGUUCCUUGGACAGGAUAUUUUUCAUGGCUGGCAUUUAG